AAACCUGUAGCUGCCACGGGUGGCCGAGGCAUGCAGGGCUGGGGGAAGAUCUCUAAUGAGUCUUCAGGUAGAGCCAGAACAUACAGUAUGUAGAGGGAGAGGGGUGUCAAGGAGAUUCUACUGUUGGCUAGGGAACACCGUGCCGCAUUGUUACAGCUUAGGAGCCUUACGAGAAUGUUCUAAGGUUUGAAGACAGUCUAAACCUGAAAUUGGCUUUUUAGUGGUCCCGAGGCAUUCCCCGGUCAUAUCAGUGGCUGAGUAUUGCUUACAUUUAAAUAAAAUACUCUGUGAUUUGUGUCUAGCUUGCCCUAGCUGUUUCUACAUUUUCAUGGGCACUUAACUCUGGUGGUAUUUCAGCCCAUGGUUUGCAGCAAUUGACAAGGAAAUCCGCCACUUGCUGGUGAUAGAAUGAUUUCCCGCAGGCAGCCAGAGGCUACAGAUGGAUCAUUUCAUAAGCUCAUUAGAUUUCAGACUUGCUGUUGGGCAAAAGACCUUUUUCAGUAACCACAGUAGCUGUGACUUAAGUGUCAGGUCCCUUGCUACCUGCUGCACGUCCCAUUGGAGCCUCAGGACCCCGUGAAGCAGGUGCUAUUACCCCCAUGAGGAAACAGAGGGUCAAAGAGGUUGAAUAAGAGGCCCAAAGUCACGCAGCUGGGAAAUGGCAGGGCCGAGAUGCCAAUGUGGGCUGUCCACACGCAGAGCCCCUGCUCUCACCCACUGGGCCAGAGUGCCUGGGCCCUGGGCUGAUAAUACCUCAAGUUUGGAGGCAUUUCUGGUUCACGGAAAUCCCUGGAAGAUCAUGGAGCUCGGUGCCCAACAUCGAGUGGGGGCGUCAGUGGAGGUGGCCCUGCAUGUGGGGAGAAUGUGCUAGAGGGGCUGCUCUGCGUGGCCGUCUCUUAGUGAUUCUCCCAGCACUACACCCCAAAGAAGGAUUGCAGAGCUCAAACCCCGGGAACAAACCAGGCUGAGUGUCCCUGCAGACGUCGGUCAAGGAAAGUAAGCCAUGUGUGAGGCCAGUGGCUAAUGCCCUGUCACGGCAUGCCCGGGAAGACAAGGUAUAUAACGGUGUCUGCCUGUGGGGUGGGGGGGCACAAGUGCAGGCUGAGAAGAGGCAGGAAGAAGGCUGCCUUCUCUUCCUCGUCAAUCUGCUACGUGGUGGUGGGACACUUAGCUAACCCGUUCACCCAAGCAGCAAUCUGCCAUGUGCCUUCUGGUGACCAACAGCAUGGGUGUGUUAGGAGGGUCUCUGUGGAGCACCUGGCUGUGACAGUAAUAAAAGGAUGGUGUGGCUGCGCCCUUGACCAUGGACACCCGUCCUGGACUUUGCUCAGUACUUAAAAGCACAAAUCUGUCUUGUUCAGGGCCCUCAAGGCCAAUGGACUCCGAGAACGAGCUCUGACCUUCUCUAGUCGGUACGUCAGUGUGAGUCUGGGGCCCCAGGAGCUCGAGGACGAAAAGACAGUUCAUGGUUUGCACUGAAUGUUUGGCCUGUUACUUUAAAACCAUAUCUGAGUGUCAACUUUCCCAGUGAGAUGACUGUGUGUGGACCAGAAUGUUGGCAUGCUGACAGGUCAUUGUAUGGCCUGGCCCUAUAUUAUGUCCCUUGCUGGCUGUGUUGUGAUGUCACCCCCAAGAAACAUGAGCCCCUUUGUGAUGUCCUGAGCUGUAUUGUUAUCAAGGGGUUCUGCUGGCCAUGCUGCACUCAUGUGUACUUGAAGGAAAGACACGCCACCAGUGAGUACAUCUAGAGAUGAGGAAAGUCAUCUGACAGCCAGGGGCCUGGAUCGGGAUGGUGCAUUUUCCUCCAGAAACAAGGGCUCCCACAAUUGGCUCAGAGAGCUACGCUCCUCCAGUAGACCCUUCACUCACCCUGACCCAGCUGGUGUCAGCUGGGCUCCUUGACUUCAGGCAGCUGCUUGAAGAAACUGCUUUCCAAGCUUUGACUGAAGAGCCUUUGUUCCGAAGGCCACACACAUCUGUAAUGCCCUGUCAGGGUGAAGGCAAUCUCCUCUCUCUGCCCUUUCCUAAGAGGCUGUGGAAUAUCGUCAACAGCAAUCAGUUUGCAUCAGUUUGGUGGGACGAUGGUGGGCCUUACAUAGGUAUCAAUGAGAAACUGUUUCAAAAGGAGAUUUUGGAGAGAGAUGGCUGGAACAAAUUGUUUGAAACAGACUGUAUGAAGAGUUUCAUCCGUCAGCUUCACCUCCAUGGGUUCAGCAAAAUGCAUCAUGACAUUCACUCAUCCACCUGCCUUACCAAUUUUUUUCACCCACGAGAGACCUGUCUAUGUCCUGAGCCAGGUAACAGUGGACAAACCUCCCAAUGGGCUGAGCUGGUGGGCUCUGGGGUGGCGGAGUCGGGUUGGGUGGAAAUCCCAGAACUGCCUCUUGGGAACUGGGUGCCCAUUUCCACUCCUGGUGGUGGUGAUGGCGACUAUGAGUUAAUACGGGGAAAGGGCUCCGACUGGUGCCCAGUGUGUCUGGAGUGCUUUAUUAGAGACUGCCCUCACUUUCUCAUGAGGAUGAAGAGGAGAGUGGGCAUUAAAGCUGCACUGAGGCAGGUGGAGAGCAAACCCGAAGCCCUGGGAUUUCCACAGCACCCACAGCCACCAAGCCACGAGACGACCUCCCAGUCUCUAAUGAGGACAACCAGGAGACACCGAGCGACUGAGAACUUGACAACCCUACCUCCCUGA